UGACAUUAACAUUGGAACCCAAAUAUUUAGCUUUUCGUUCUUUAUUCGCUAUUCUUUUACAGUCUUCCGUUAGUCUUUUGUGAGAGUGACCAUUAAUGCAAAUAUAAUUUUUUCAGUGGCAAAAGUUAAACAAAUUUGUAAACUCAAUGACCAUUUAUACUAUUUACCCGAGUUAAAUUAUAUAUUUUGUAAUGUAAUGACAAGUGACCUGGUCAACAAGCCGAGUACAAGUAUAAUUACUAGUUAGAGAGAGGAGUCUAAUUAGUUUAUUGAUAAAAAAAGACAAUUACAGUUAUAUAUCUUAUAUGGCAACGAUCAUCCUGCAUCCGGUUUUAUGUAGCGGUUGACGAGCGGUCGAGGCGGUUAACCGCUCGAGCCGAUCAAGCCGCUCGUCCGGUUUUUGCCAUUCAGCCAUUAAAUUUAAUUAAAGAAAUUGCAGAAAAUUGAAAUAAACCAAAAACGUCGGUCUCUCAAGCUGAAUCCUUAUAUCCGUUUCACAAUUUUGAAGGAAAGAGACGAGCUCUGAUUAAGAAAUGUCCACUAUUUAUACUGAUAACAUUUAUCAGGUACCGGUUCUCUAACGGUUUUUAAACGGUCUAAUGUCGGUUGGACCACUAAAGUGCGAACCGUUCGCAUUACCGAGUCAUGCUCCGGUUUGGUUCUGACAACAUUGCUUCAAAGUCAACUUUGCGAACAGCUUUGUUGGAUGGUUCCAAACGACGCCAAUAUAUCGUCGUCAUGAUAGCGUAGUUGUGAAAAUGCCAUUAAAAUUCAUUGUUUACUGCGAUAUAUAUAAUGAACGCCGAGUGAUUUAAUUUGCAGUUGCAAGUGUUGAAAUAGUUUUUUCAUUUUUGGGUUACAUCAAGAACAUGAUUCAGAAUCGAAUAGGGCGAUGAGUUCAUCUAUAAAUAAUGUAUAGUAUGAUAUAUUGAAAGAGAUUUGUUGAUCAGAGUAGACAUUGACUGCGUUUCACACUCUUUACAUUAUAGACGAACUACCAUAGACUUGGCGUUACAUCUUGCAGAGGUGUAUUGAUCACACGUGAGUUUUCUCCACUUGAAACUCCUAGCUAUAGCUUGCAGUUUUGAGAAAACAAUGCUAGCUAGCUAGCAAGUUGAAAUUUAUUAUCUUCCAAUUCACAAGUCCAAAUCACGUAAGUCAAACGAUAGAAUGCUGAAGGUUCUCGCCAUGGAUCACCCCUAGAGUUCCACAUCCCAGGGGCACUUUCCCCUCGUGCAGGAGCACUGCCAUCCAUGCACUGCUUUAUAAAUAGCUUUCACUUGUUAAACAAACAGAGCAACGUAACUCCAUAGAAACUCAAAGAAGAUAUCGAUCGAGAGCCAGCCCAUGGCAACAUCAGCCGUUACAGUACUGGCGUUCAUAGCUUUAUCAGCCAUCAAUAUCAAAUCGCUGGCGCCGCCGGUCGCUUACGCCGACGAAAGGGCAAAUCAUACAUGCGGCUGCCCUCGUUACAGUAGCAGCUGCGCCGAUUGCGAGGGAGGACGCUGUUGUAGUCGGUGGGGCUACUGUGGAAUCUCAAUCGGCUACUGUACGCCGUGUUAUUGUGAAGGUCAUAUCGAAUGUGAUCCUUGUCACUGCCUGGGCAAUUGUCGUCAUGCAGCCGCUGGAAACCAGCAGCUGCCGUCAGCAGCAGCGCCUGGUUACGACGGUAGCAAUAUUGAAACCCUAGUAGCAACCUACGACCCCAACCUUGACAACGUUGCCGUUGCUACUUCAUCAUCAUCAUCGUCGUCGUCAGUUGGUUCGGCCACAAUAUGCACUGGACCGUCUUCAUCGACUACGGUCUCGACCAACAUUGUUCCCGGCGGCGAAUGUCUACUGGUAACCAAUCCUAAGAAUGGAAAACAAGCGAUGGUGAGAAUCAUGAACAGAAAAUAUUGUAGCAAGACAAGUUUGGCGCUGGACCACGAUGCCUUUCAACAGCUAGAGGAUGACGAUGUAGCAGCAACCCACCUUCCAGUUCCUGUUGGCUACAAAUAUACGCACUGUGUUGACAAUUAGCAAGUGCAGCAUAUAUAUAAAGUGCCAUAUCGGUUUGUGAAGCAUGAGACAUAAAUGCUUCAUCGACCUUGCUUGCUAUCAUCUACAAUAUCAUAUCCUAAUAUCAGCCAUAUAAUUAAUAAGCUUAUAAGAAUACCAUAUGGAAUAAUCCUUCGACAUAAUAUAAUACGCUACGAAACUUAAUUUUCAUAAUAAUAAUUAUUAAUAAAUUAUAUGACUUACAAAUAUUCUCCAUAUAAUUCCUCUAAUAUAUCCCGAUCAUUUUUAUAAGUAUAUUGUCUGCUUUGGGUCUAUUCUCGUACUUUUUUUUGUUUUCGACUGUAUAUUAUAGUAACUUCUUAGGAGACAUGAUAUUAAAGUGUUGUAUCGGUUUGUGAAGCAUGAGACAUAAAUGCUAACUAUAUCGACCUAGCUGGCUAGCUAGCUAUCGUCUACAUAUCAUAAUAUCAUAUCCGUCAUAUAAUAAGUUUAUACGUAGACAUACCAUUAUGGAAUUAAUAGUCAUUUCGAUAUAUAAUAAUGUUACAAAUUUUAU